UAAAAGCUGCCUGCGUAAGAGUCAGGGCUCCAGCAGACCCUGAAAGCUGAGCUGUCCAGACCCCCGAAGUGAAGAAAAGAGGCGAGGGCAAGGGAGGGCCAGAACCAGGGGAGAGAGAAAGGAGGGGCGACCCACUAGCCUGCUGUCCCGCCACAGAGCCGGCUCAGUUCCAGCUCCAGGAGUCACUCAGCUGCAGAGGCAGCGGCAGCCCCACUCCUCAGGCAAAGGGCAGCAGGCAGACAGACAGAGGUCCCAGGACUGGAGGUCCUCAAUCCCUGACCACUCGGCCUGGCCCAGCCCCAUGGCCUUCAAUGACCUCCUGAAGCAGGUGGGGGGCGUCGGCCGCUUCCAGCUGAUCCAGGUCACCUUGGUGGUUGCUCCCCUACUGCUGAUGGCUUCCCACAACACCUUGCAGAACUUCACUGCCGCCAUCCCCACUCACCACUGCCGUCCACCUGUCAACGCCAACCUCAGCAAAGAUGGAGGUCUAGAGGCCUGGCUGCCCCUGGACAAACAGGGACAACCCAAGCCUUGCCUCCGUUUUACUUCCCCACAGUGGGGACUUCCCUUUCACAAUGACACAGAGGCUAAUAGCACUGGAGUCACAGAGCCCUGCAUUGAUGGCUGGGUUUAUGACAACAGCACCUUCCCUUCAACCAUCGUGACUGAGUGGAACCUUGUGUGCUCCCAUCGGGCCCUCCGCCAGCUAGCCCAGUCCCUGUACAUGGUGGGAGUGCUGCUGGGAGCCAUGAUGUUUGGCUACCUGGCAGACAGGCUGGGCCGUCGGAAGGUGCUGAUCUUGAACUACCUGCAGACAGCUGUGUCAGGAACCUGUGCAGCUUAUGCACCCAACUAUACAAUCUACUGCAUUUUCCGGCUCCUCUCGGGCAUGUCUUUGGCUAGCAUUGCAAUCAACUGCAUGACGCUAAAUGUGGAAUGGAUGCCCAUCCACACCCGCGCCUAUGUGGGCACCUUGAUUGGCUAUGUCUACAGCCUGGGCCAGUUCCUCCUGGCAGGUAUCGCCUAUGCUGUGCCCCACUGGCGCCACCUGCAGCUUGUGGUCUCUCUGCCUUAUUUCGUUGCCUUCAUCUACUCCUGGUUCUUCAUUGAGUCAGCCCGAUGGUACUCCUCCUCAGGAAGGCUGGACCUUACCCUCCGAGCCCUGCAGAGAGUGGCCCGGAUCAAUGGGAAACAGGAAGAGGGGGCUAAGCUGAGUAUAGAGGUGCUCCGGACCAGCCUACAGAAGGAACUGACCCUAGGCAAAGGCCAGGCCUCAGCCAUGGAGCUGCUGCGCUGCCCUACCCUUCGCCGCCUCUUCCUCUGCCUCUCCAUGCUGUGGUUUGCCACUAGCUUUGCCUACUAUGGGCUGGUCAUGGACCUGCAGGGCUUUGGGGUUAGUAUGUACCUUAUCCAGGUGAUCUUUGGUGCUGUGGACCUGCCUGCCAAGUUCGUGUGCUUCCUUGUCAUCAACUCUCUGGGCCGCCGGCCUGCACAGUUGGCCUCUCUGCUGCUGGCAGGCAUCUGCAUCCUGGUGAACGGCAUCAUACCAAAAGACCAGACGAUCAUACGCACCUCCCUAGCUGUGCUAGGGAAGGGCUGCCUGGCUGCUUCUUUCAACUGCAUCUUCCUGUACACUGGAGAGCUGUACCCCACAGUGAUCCGGCAGACAGGCCUAGGCAUGGGCAGCACCAUGGCCCGAGUUGGCAGCAUCGUGAGCCCACUGGUGAGCAUGACUGCAGAGUUCUACCCCUCCAUGCCUCUCUUCAUCUUCGGCGCCAUCCCAGUGGUCGCCAGCGCUGUCACUGCCCUCCUACCAGAGACCUUGGGCCAGCCACUGCCGGAUACAGUGCAGGACCUGAAGAGCAGGAGCAGAGGAAAACAGAGGCAACAUCAGCAAGAACAGCAGAAACAGAUGGUGCCACUCCAGGCCUCAACACAUGAGAAGAACGGACUCUGAGGAUGGAAGGGGCUUCACAGGCACCAAAGGGUUAGAGUUCUACAGCUCCUGCCAUCUACAUGAGGAGGGGGAAUGAAUGGAGGAACCAGACCAUCCAAGUGUGGAGGCUGCCAUUCAGGGAACUGCCUCCCCAAAGGUCACCUCAGAAGACCCAACUAGGAACAAAAAGUCUGACUGUGCAUAGCUUCUUAAGCAGAAAGCACUCUUCAUCAGCCAUCUUCCAACUCAGUGGUCAUUCCCCCAGCUCCACUGCCCUCCACCUCUAGGACAUUGCAAAGAAUCUCAGACAAUUAAAAGAUUCUGUUCUCUAA